GAAUUUGAAGUCAGUUGUCGGCGAGUGUCGGUGGCGUUCGGUUUGUGGACUGGGUUGUCGGCAUGUCCUUUCCUAAGGCACCCCUGAAACGAUUCAAUGACCCUUCCGGUUGUGCACCAUCUCCAGGAGCUUAUGAUGUUAAAACUUCAGAAGUAUUGAAAGGACCAGUAUCCUUUCAGAAAUCACAAAGAUUUAAAAGACAAAAAGAAUCUCAACAAAAUCUUAAUGUUGACAAGGAUACUACUUUACCUGCUUCAGCUAGAAAAGUUAAGACUUCGGGAAUAAAGGAGUCUCAAAAGACUGAUAAAGAUGUGAAGAUACUAGAAAAAGAGAUUCGUGUUCUCCUGCAGGAACGUGGUGCUCAGGACAAGCGGAUCCAGGAUCUGGAGACUGAGUUGGACAAGACAGAAGCAAAGCUGAAUGCUGCAGUCAGAGAAAAAACAUCUCUCUAUGCGAACAAUGCUUCACUGGAAAAACAGCUUAUUGAGUUAACCAGAACUAAUGAACUACUAAAAUCUAAGUUUUCUGAAGAUGGUAACCAGAAGAAUCUGAGAAUUCUAAGUCUGGAGUUGAUGAAACUUAGAAACAAAAGAGAAAUCAAGAUGAGGAGUAUGGUGGCUAAACAAGAAGGCAUGGAGAUGAAGCUACAGGCCACACAGAGGAAUCUGGAAGAGUCUCAGGGGAAAAUAGCACAGCUUGAGGGGAAACUUGUUUCAAUAGAGAAAGAAAAGAUGGAUGAAAAAUCUGAAACAGAAAAACUCUUAGAAUACAUCGAAGAAAUUAGUUGUGCAUCAGAUCAAGUGGAAAAAUAUAAGCUAGAGAUUGCCCAAUUAGAAGAAAAUUUGAAGGAGAAGAAUCACAAAAUUUUAAGCCUUAUGCAGUCUUUGGAGGAAAAUGUUGUUUUGUCUAAGCAAAUAGAAGACCUGAAUGCUAAAUGUCAGCUGCUUGAAAAAGAAAAAGAGGACUUCAUAAACUGGAAUAGAGAAAAGGAUGAAAAGCUGAAUGCUGAGAUGCAAAAUUUAAGAGAGACGCUUAUUCUUCAAAAACAAGAAUGUGAAAAGCUACAACAAAAAGAAUUAGAAGUGAAUUCACUUCUGCAACAAGAGAAGGAAUUAUCGUCUAAUCUUCAGCAGUUGAUACAUUCUUUUCAAGAGCAAACAAUUAAAGAGAGGAAUGUCUUUGAGGAACAAUUAAGGCAAGCACUGGAUGAGUUGGAUAAGUUACAGCAAAAGGAAGAACAAACUGAAAAGCUAGUCAAGCAGUUGGAAGAAGAAGCACAAUCUUCAAAUGCAGAACUAAAACUCUUAAAAGAAAACCUAAAAGGGAAAGAAGCUGAACUGCAGAAAAGUAAUCUUGAUCACUCUCAAGCCACCCUGCUUUUACAAGAAACAUAUAAUAGUACAGUGCAAAACCUUGAAGAUGUAACUACUCAAUUUGAAAGCUACAAAAGAUUAAUAGCUAGUGAGAUAGAAGAUCUUAAACUGGAGAACUCAGCACUACAAGAAAAAGUGGCCCAGGCUGAAAAAAGUGCAAAAGAUGUUCAGCAUCAGAUGUUGGCAACUGAGAAUGCUAAUCAAGAAUAUGCAAGGAUGCUGCUAGAUCUGCAGACCAAGUCAGAACUUAAGGAAGCAGAAAUUAAAGAAAUUGCAGUUUCUUCUGAUAAAAAAAUAACUGAAUUGCAGAAUCAACUCAAGGAACAAAAUGAAGACUUUAAGAAACAACUGGAAGAGGAAGAAUCAAGAAAAGCUGAAAAAGAAAAUAUAAUGGAAGAAUUAACUGAGGAAGUUAAUAAGUGGCGUCUCCUUUAUGAAGAAUUGUACAAGAAAACAAAACCUUUUCAGCUACAACUGGAUGCUUUUGAAGCAGAGAAGCAGGCAUUGUUGAGUGAACAUGGUGCAGCUCAGGAACAGCUAAAUAAAUUAAGAGAUUCAUAUGCUACAUUAUUGGGUCAUCAGAAUCUGAAGCAAAAAAUCAAGCAUGUUGUGAAACUAAAAGAUGAAAAUAGCCAGCUAAAAUCGGAGGUGACAAAACUCCGCUCUCAGCUUGCUAAAAGAAGACAAAAUGAGAGAAAACUUCAGGAGGAAUUGAAUAAAGUUCUGGGUAUCAGACACUUUGAUCCUUCAAAGGCUUUUCAUCAUGAAAGUAAAGAAAAUUUUGCCAUGAAAACUCCAUUAAAAGAAGGCAAUACAAACUGCUGCUGAGCUCCUAUGGAGAAUCAAGAACUCAUGCAGCAUCUGAAAAACCUGUUGAAGAUUACUUUAUUAUGAUUGUUGAUGAUGAUGAUAUUGUUGUUACUAUUAUAUUUUUAAUGGGUGUUUUAAAAUGCUGUAUUUGUAUUUCAUUUAAUUGCCAGGGCCGGCUCUGUGGUGUAGUGGGUAAAGCUAACACCUGCAGUUCCGGCAUCUCGUAUGGGUGCCAGUUCCCAUGUGAAUGCCAGUCCCAGCUGCUCCACUACCAUUCCAACUCAGCUAUGGCCUUAGAAAGCAGUGAAAGAAGGCCCAAGUCCUUGGGACCCUGCAACCACGUGAGAGACCCAGAGGAAGCUCCUGGCUCCUGGCUUUGGAUCGAUGCAGCUCCUGCCGUUGUGGCCAUUUAGGGAGUGUAACCAGCAGAUGGAACAUAUCUCUCUCUGAGUCUGCCUCUCUAUAACUCUUCCUUUAAAAUAAAUAAAUCAGUCUUUUAAAAAAAAAUUUAAUUGCCUAUCUUUAGUAUGUGAAAAAAACUCAAUUUUUUACCAAUAUGUCUCCUGUAUUUUUCCUAUUGUAAAUACUGCCCCCUUAAUGCUUAUCUUUAUCAUCUUAUUAUCAUCUUAUUGUAGCCUUAUAUCUGACUUUUUAGCUUACAUUGCUUCCCACAAAAUCAGUAUUCCUUUGAAAAUCAUCUUCAUUAUUCCCCUUGACAGUAGCCUUAGUUUCAAGAUUAUGAUUCCAUCUCACAUUUUUUUAGCUUGAUUCUGGAAGUCUUUUUUUUUUUUUUUUUUUAAUUGAUUUAUUUAUUUGAAAGGCAGAGUUACAGAGAGGCUUACAUCUGCUGGUUCACUCCCCAAAUGGCCACAGUGGCCAGAGCUGGGCUCAAUCCAAAGUCAGGAGCCAAGAGUUUCUUCCAAGUUUCCCACACAAGUUCAGGGGCCUGAGGACUUAGGCCAUCUUUUGCUGUUUUCCCAGGCCAUAGCAGAGAGCUGGAUCAGAAGUGGAGCAUCUGGGACUCGAUCUGGCACCCAUAUGGGAUGCCAGCAUUGCAGGUGGCAGCUUUACCAAACAGCCCCAGUAUAUGGAACCUCUUUAGAGAAUUUGUCAUGUACCAUUUGUCAUCUGCUUGUCUACUGAGUGUGUAGCAUGACAAAAAAUUAUGCCAUUUACCCAAUUAUCCAAUUUGAAUUUUAUAGUUACAUUAAUGUCUCUAUUUAUUUAUUGUCUAUACCCUCCAUAUUCCACUUAACCCAGAAUUCCAAAUGACACUUUAGGAAGUGAUAAUUCUCCCCCUAUAAUGUCUGAAUUGCACAAUUGAUUUUUUUUUUUUAAAUUUAUUUUAUUUAUUUGCAAGGCAGACUUACAGAGAGAGGGAGAGUAAGAGAGAGAUCUUCUAUUUGUUGGUUUAUGCCCCAAAUGGCUACAACAGCCAGGGCUGUGUCAGGCUGAAACCAAGAAGCAGAAGAUUCUUCCAGAUUUUCCAUGUGGGUACAGGGGCCUAAGGACUUGGGCCAUCCUCCGCUACUUUCCCAGGUGCAUUAGCAGGGAGCUGGAUCAGAAGUGAAACAGGGGCUGGCACUGUGGCAUAGUAGAUUAAGCAUAUGCCUGAGGUGCCAGCAUCCCAUAUGGGCACCAGUUUGAGUUCCAGUUGCUCCACUUUGGAUCCAGCUCCGUGCUGAUGGCCUGGGAAAGCAGUGGAAGAUGGCCUAAGUCCUUGGGCCUCUGCACCUGUGUAAGAGAACGGGCGGAAGCUCCUAGCUCCUGGCUUCGGAUCAGCCCAGCUCUCUGGCUACUGUGGCCUUUUGGGGGCAUAAAUCAGUGGAUGGAAGACCUCUCUCUAACUCUGCCUCUCAGGUAAAUAAAUAAAUAUUAAAAAAAAAAAAAAAAAAAGUGAAACAGCCAGCUCUUGAACUAGCGCCCACACAGGAUGUUGGCACUGCAGGCAGUGGCUUAUCCCCUACAACACAAUUCUAAUUCCUCAGGAAAAUCUUUAAGCCUAGAAGUUAAAAUAUUUAAGUGAGAACCAACAAUGUUCUGUUAAAACACAGCUCCAGAAAUAGAAUUGCAGACACUUUCUGAAAAUUACAAUUGGAUGACAAAAAAUGCAUGGUCAUAAUAAUAGCUCAGCAAUUUAUAGCUUUUAGAAAGUGCAGCAAGAUUUCAGAGAGUUUCAACAUUUCAGGCCUCGGGACCUACAACAUGGGGCAGUGUGGGGAACCGCAGGCUGCCACCUGUGGGAACCUCCUCUACAUGGCUUGCAGCAAUCAGUCAACCACAAGGCCUACGAAAACAACCAGGUGAAACAGAUGAAGUUGAGGCAGGAUGGACUCUGCAUAAACAACUAGGAAGAACCAGGUGAAACAGAUGAACUUUCGACCCGAGGCUAUACGCGCCCUUUCAUCUGAUUGGACAAAACUGCACAUGAAGAGAACCGCUAUUGGCUGUGGAGCUCAUGCUCCACGGGACUUGGGAUAUAAAGGGACAUUGGUAUCUGGGCGGGCCGCCACCGGCUGCCGCUGCCCCUCCUUUUCUCCUCUUCCUUUGCCCUUUCCUUUUGUCUCCAAGAGUAAAGUUCCUUGAGAACCGAGAAAGAGUGAAAGUUCCUUGAGAACCGAGAAACAGUGACCGUGUUGUGACUGCGUUGGACCUUCGCUGGCGAGGGUCCGACAGGGCAGCGUGUGAAGAACUGUGAGUUUAACAAGGCAUAUGUUGGUCCUCAACCUUAAAAGAUCUUAAAUAGGUGGGAAUAAACUAGUGAGCAAGAAAAUGGGAAUCCUUUGGGUCAGAGGAACAUUAAGGCCGACUCAUGCUAGUCUAGAUAGAAACUUAGGAGGGAGUUGGAAAACUUGGCCCUGUAGAGGAUAUGGUUGGUUGUAAAAACAGUUUAAGAGAAACUGUACUAAGACCAGUUCUUGCUAGUGUGUUUUAAAACAGCACCAAAGGAGUUAGGGGAAAUGAGACACAUGGUGCCCUUCAGCAGGGAGAGCCAAAUGAGAUAAUACUCCCACCUCCUUGUAGUUGAGAUGAAGGUGAGGUAGUGAAUAGACCCUCGACAGGUCAGGGAAGACAAAUAGGGUCAAGAAGGCCUAGGUAGAAAGUUUGAAAGAGAAUAAAUCGCCUCAUUCUUUUGUAAGAUAUUCUUCCUGCAUGAGUGUGGCAAAGAGACUUUGGCUGAAAGAGACAGAGCAGAGAAUGGCCAGGGUGGCUAGGCUCAUGAAAUAUUGGCAAAGAGACGUUGCCACUAGACAAGGCAGGAAAAAGGCUAGAAGACUAGACAUGGAGCAUUCCUCAGGACGAGGUUUGAUUGCUCAAGACUCACCACUGCUCUUACUCUAGUCCCUUUGUGGUUACUAAAUAUGUUAACAGAGAUCAGCUGCUAGGGGGAUUUUGUCUGUACAAGAAAGAAUUUAGAUGUGAAACAGUAGCAGUAAGCAUGCUAGCUAAGUUUAAUGGAAAGAAAUAAUGCAGAGAAUACACCUGACAGGCCAGGAGGGCAUCUCAGUAAGGAACUGAGAGCUUGGAGUGGUACUGUGGCAUAUCGGGUAAAGCCACUACCUGCAACACCAGCACAUCACGUGAGCAUCAUUUCAUGUUCUGGCUACUCCACUUCCAUUCUAGCUCUCCACUAAUGCGUUUGAGAGAGCAGCAGAGCAUGCCCAAGUGUAUGGGCCGCAAUACCCAUGUGAGAGACCCAGAAGAUGCUCCUGGUUCGUGGCUUCAGCCAGGCUCAAUCCCAGCAAUUGUGGCCAUUUGGGGAAUAAACCUAUGGUUGGAAGAUCUCUGUUUCUCCCUCUCUCUCUCUAACUAUGUCUUUAAAGUAGAUAAAAAUAAAAUAAACUUCAUGAAAUUUCCAGGGUUCACAAUACUUUGGUAAAGUAUAAUUAUGUAAACAUUUUUAGCUUGUUUCCUACUUAAUUCAAAAACUUAUUUAAAGUUUCCAGAAUUGAAAAACUGUUACACAGUAAGCUAUCUUAAAGUUUACUCCUCUAUUUUGGAAGUCCAGAAGCAGGAUUACCAGAUUCUCGUCCUCUUUUGCUUCAUCUUGUAUUUAAAUGAUGUAAGUGAUUAGUUCAUAUGCUGAUAUCAGAUGCUAAUUCUUUUUCUUAAAGAUUUAUUUAUUUAUUGAAAGAGUUACACAGAGAAAGGAGAGGCAGAGAGAGAGGUCUUCCAUCCAUGCUAAUCCUUUUAAAUUAAGGUUUUUCUUCUUUUGUAACUGACCUAGGUAACAAGAUUUUUAUGCAUUUUGCAAGAAUUUUCUCCUGUUUUUCUGUUAUUGAGCCUUGAUUGAGAGAAUUGAAUCUGAAAAGAUUUGACAUUAUCUGUCUAUUUUUAAUGUUUGAGUGAUUACUUAACUGAUUAGAUGUGGCCCGCAGUGUUCGAAUAAUCAGGUUACAUGGAGAAAGCCAGGCUUUGCUAGGUCAAAAUAUUGUUGUGCCUGAACAGGUACAAACAGAGGAGCACCGCACAUUGAUAAAAUUUGGUGGUCCUUUAUAUCUGGCAGUGGAGAGUGGGCUCAUGUCCUAAAGAACUCUCAACCCUGAAACUUAAAACAACAGGGUUUAUAAAGGCAAAAACCACAGGGAGGGAGGGGAAAUACAUGGUUGCUAGGGUCAAGCUAACCUAAGGCCUAUGAAAAACUGGUAUCAAUUAUAAUCUUGACAAUAGACAUUAAAAUCUUAACAUUCAUCCAGGUGCAGCAUAUCUGUUUUAAGCUUGAGUGAUCAUGCUAGGGAGUUUAUAUGCUCUACCUAGUGGGAUGUACUGUUAAGUACUGUUAUUGUCUGAGUUUUAGAUCAUAGUUUCAGACCAGAGUCUCAUGGUAGAGGGUGCUUUCUCAAGAUGGAGAGGGUGUUCACAGAAACCAUGUGAAAAGAUGGGGGGGUGGGGGACCGACACAGCAGGUUAAGUCACAACCUGCAGUGUCAGCAUCCCAUAUGGGUACCAGUUAAUGUCCCAGCUGCUCCACUUCUGUUCCAGCUCCCUGCUAAUGUGCCUGGGAAAGCAGCAGAGGAUGACCCAAGUCCUUGGGCCCCUGCAUCCAUGCAGGAGACCCAACAGAAGCUCCUGGCUCCUGCCUUUGGCCUGGCCCAGCUCUGAUUGUUGCAGCCACUGGGGGAGUGAAGCAGUGUAUAGAAGACCCAUAUGUAUGUGCUCUCUCUCCCUGCCUUUCAAAUAAAUAAAUCUUAAAAAAAAAAAAAAAAAAUCAGGGCCUUACACAUACCUGGCCAGGCCCUUAAAGCCCAUCUGACUAUUAUUAAGCAUAAAAACCUCCUCCUCUCAGUUCUUAGUUGCCUUUAAGAAGGUUAGCAAAUGGCAUAAAGUAAGAGUUUUAUGUGGACAGUACUGCCACACAAGGAUUUAUAAACAGCUCCCACCUAUUUGGACAGGCCCUUUGUGGAGGAACUACAGGACAGAUUUCUUGAGGUGGGUGGAGAGAUGAUUUAAAAUGUGGAUGGCUUACUUGUCUGCAUCCCCACCUGAAACUCCAAUUCUGGGCAUUUGCAUUAACUUCCUAAUAGAAUGUGACUACUAUGUGUCCAAAGAAAAAGCAUAACUGGUGUGUCAGAAAGUAAACUAUUUAGGCCGGCGCCGUGGCUUAACAGGCUAGUCCUCCACCUUGCGGCGCCGGCACACCGGGUUCUAGUCCCGGUUGGGGCGCUGGACUCUAUCCCGGUUGCCCCUCUUCCAGGCCAGCUCUCUGCUAUGGCCCGGGAAGGCAGUGGAGGAUGGCCCAAGUGCUUGGGCCCUGCACCCGCAAGGGAGACCAGGAGAAGCACCUGGCUCCUGGCUUUGGAUCAGCGAGAUGCGCCGGCCACAGCGGCCAUUGGAGGGUGAACCAAUGGCAAAAAGGAAGACCUUUCUCUCUGUCUCUCUCUCACUAUCCACUCUGCCUGUCAAAAAAAAAAAAAAAAAGAAAGAAAGAAAGAAAGAUAGUAAACUAUUUAGAGUUCAUCCUUAUCUCUGAGGAACACAGCCUGGCACCAGAGGAGAUACAGACCAUGUAGCAGAUUGCUACUCCUACAACCUAAGACAACUCUGGCAUUUCUCAUUAUAACAGGUUAUGGAUCCCUAGUUACAGAGGAUAGCAAAGCUCAUGAUCGGGCCCUUACGAGCAAGACAGAACAGGGCCCCCUCCUUUGAGAAAGAAUAAAACAUAGCUUUUGCCCAGUUAAAUGCUGUCAUGGCUAUAGCCCCUGUGAUGGAGCUGCUAAUCUAAGUCCUUUGAAAUAAAGGCAGGCAGGCGGUUAGACAUGCUAACUGCUGCCUAAGCAAUCAUCUGCACCAUGUUCCAAGAAUGUUUUUGAGUCAGUCUAACUAGACAGGUACAAAACUAUUUCUUCCUUUCUUGAAUGGGGUCAAACCACUCCAGGUCCAGGAUGAACAUGAUCUGGUCCAGCAUUGAGUAGUGUAAACACUAAUGGUUUUCUCUCCUUGGCCCUAUAGCUUCUAUACUCUUUCUGCUUCUCUUUAUACUAUGUGCCUUUAGUGACCUUGCUCAUUUUGUCCCUAACAGAAUAAAAGCCUUCCAGCUCCAGAUGGUUAUGAGGCAGGGCUUCUAGCCUGUCCUGUUGUAGGAUGUGACCAGCCCUCUGGACUGUGCAAGACACUCUUCCCAAGCCAUUUCUGAACACCAUAGGACAGACAGCAAAAGAAGAAUCCCCAUAAGCAGCUCUACACCCAUAUGUAGCUCUGAAGAAAACACAGAAGGUAUACCUCAUCCAUGUCUGCCAUAUGGGUUACUUCCCUUGAAGGGUGAAUGUUAAUGUAGUUAGGUAGACAUUUGCCUAUGUGUGUGUCAAGGGUCAAAGAAAAUGGAGAUUUUGUGAAAAUGGGAAGUUUGUGUGAUAAAAUGAGGAUGUAAGCCUUGGAAGAAAACCAGUUUUUACAUAUCAAAAGUCUCUGCAUUGCUCAGUAAUCUGGCUGGGUGGUUCCCAGCCCUCUCCCUGGGGGCAGCUUAGGGGAAUCUCAUCUGCCCUCCACCCAACAAUAUCUCAGAAAAGGUGUAGAAUGAGGAGAAAUGGAGCACCCACACCCAAACCCAUAAAAACACAAGUCCGAAUGCAGACUGGGCUCUCAGUUCUUUACCCAGGUGCCUUCCAGAUCUGCCCGGUUUACUCUCUUCAUGACUUCUUUCUCAUUAAACUUGGCUAGCAUGCUUACUAAUUAAAAUGAAGUAAAUUCUUAUCAAGAAGCAAGUGAUUAGCCUAGCAGUUAAGAUGUCUGUGUAUCCUACUGUCAUCCCUGGAUUCAAUUCCUGGCUACACCUUUGGCUCCUGACAAACUUCUUCCUAAUAGACUCUGAGAAGCUGCACUGAUGUCUCAAGUUGGAUCCCUACAACAAAAUGGGAGGUCUGGAUUGCAUUCCCAGUUCAUGCCUCGAGCCUUGGCCCAGCCAUUGCUAUUGCAGGCAUUUUGGAAGUGAACCAAAAAGUGGAUAUACCAUCUUUCUGUUUCUCAAAUUAUUUUCUUGACUACUGUCUCAGUUAGAAUAUUUUGACAUAUGUGUUUGAGCCAUUUGAAUCUUUUCACUU